CACCCGAUACAGAGGAAAUGUUGCUUGACCAGAGGAUCAAGGCUUGGCUACAAGAGACGGCAACAACUUGCGAACCAGCCACCACUCAUCAACCCAACGACGUCCAGCCUUGCCGAAAGCGACGCCGGUUAAACCCUCUGACCCCCGCGACAUCGCGGAGUUGCGAUAGUAGCCCCCACAGCAUGGCCUCAGCUCGUAGCCAUGGGAGCCCUGGGAAGCGCAGUCAUCCCGAUAGCCACUAUGACCAUGGUGAUGCCUCUGAAGAAACACCCCGGGCAUCCGGCAGGAAGGUCAAGGCUCCAAGGAGCGAGUCCAGCUACUCUCUCCCAUCCACACAAUCGCAGUACGAAGCCUCCGAGAGGUCGGGUUAUUCUUCACCAACAAAACAACUUUCCGCUCUCGAGAGAAAUGCCAAGGGCGUUGUCCCACGAGAGCUGAGCGCCUUUCACAACCAGCCACCCUUGUUAGAGGACUUGCUCGACAAGAUCGACCUCGUCUCGACCGGGAUCGGCAUCCUUCCAACUACCCAACGAGAGCUGCUCAACCACUUAGAUGACGAUACGUACAGCGACUUCAAAUGGACUCGGCGAAGAGGCGUCAGUGAUAUAUACUUUUCAGACCAGCGCAAGGACCUUGGCUGCACCCCUCCUCCCGAGACCAUCCACAAGAUCCUUCAUCAAGCGGCUUUUUGCAACAGCAGAAACAGCCCAGAGGCGGACUGGAAUGUUGAAGUUCACCAUCGAGUUCUCGAAGCAGCCUUGAGACCUCUGCAAGGGCCCGGAGUAGACCAACUAGUUGAUUUUAGGCUGAGUACUACUGCGGCUUUGAUCAAAGAGUACCAUGCUCCUGUUUCGGCCACCAAGAAAGUUGACUUUUGCAUCUACCUCGAUCCGAGUUGCGACAAACAACACGCAGAUGCACCGCAAGUCAUCAACGCCCUCAGGGACGUUUUGCCACUGGGAGCAUUCAACCACACCAACUUGAAUUCCCUCUCUGAUAGGCCUAUUGCCGUAAGCAUCGAAACUAAGAAGACGGGCGAAGGCUGGGAAAACGCGAGGUUACAGAUGCAAGUGUGGAGUGCCGCACAUUGGCAAUUCCUGCGAGAGCUCUUGGAAUUGAGACAACGUGCAUCCGACGAGCUAUCGAGAAUAGGACAAGAACCACCAGGGGCUGUUGUAACUGACCCCGAGUCAAGUCCCAUGACCAGUUACGAGCUGCCCGACUUCCUGCCUGGCAUUAUCAUUCAAGGGCAUGACUGGCACCUUGUUAUAACGACGCGUGAAGGGGACAAGACCAUCUUUUGGCAGAAAAAGACAUUUGGAAACACAUCGAGCUCAAAGGGGAUUUACCAGAUUAUUUGUACUUUGCAGCUCUUGCGCCGAUGGGCACAGGCUGAAUACUGGGCAUGGCUGCAACAACUGUUGCGAGAGUGGCCACGAAGUAACGGACAGCCCCUUGUUUUUAAGUAA